CUGAUUUUGCAAUUUAUGCUGAUUUUGCUUUGCCAGUUUCCUCUGUUGUCCAAGAGCAACAAGCUGCAAAGGCUUGUAUCAAAAGUAAAUGAAGACAAUUCGGAUGAAAUUCAGUUAGUUGAUUUUCCUGGUGGACCUAAAGCUUUUGAGAUAUGCGCCAAAUUUUGCUAUGGAAUGACCGUGACUCUCAAUCCUUACAAUGUUGUUGCUGCCCGUUGUGCAGCUGAGUACCUUGAGAUGACUGAAGAUAUUGACCGAGGAAACCUUAUUUUCAAAAUCGAAGUAUUCCUCAAUUCCAGUGUUUUCCGCAGCUGGAAAGAUUCAAUUAUUGUUUUGCAGACCACCAAGUCUCUUCUACCGUGGUCCGAAGAUCUGAAGGUGGUAGGGAGAUGUAUAGAUUCUAUCGCAUCCAAAACUUCAAUGGAUCCUUCGAGUAUUACAUGGUCCUACACUUGUAACAGAAAAGUGGCACAAGUUGGGAUGAAAUUCCCUGGAAAUUCGGAAUCCGUGCCCAAGGAUUGGUGGGUUGAAGAUAUAUGUGAACUCGAGAUAGAUCUUUACAAGCGAGUUCUGAUUGCAGUUAAAUCGAAGGGAAGGAUGGAUGGUAGGGUUAUUGUGGAGGCAUUAAGAACUUAUGCAAUGAGAUGGUUGCCCGAUUCUAUUGAGGUUCUGGUAUCUGAAGCUCACAGUAGGAGGAAUAAAUCUUUGUUAGAGACUAUUAUCUGCUUGUUGCUCGACAAAGGUGUUACUUGUUCGUGUAGUUUCUUGCUUAAGUUACUGAAAGUCGCUGUUCUUGUAGGGGAUGAUUCAUCAAGGGAUGAUCUCGUUAGAAAUAUCAGCUUAAAGCUGGAUGAGGCUUCAGUCGAUGAUCUUUUGAUACCAGCAAGGGCCCCGCAAACUACUGUUUAUGAUGUUGAACUAGUGAAGUGCCUUGUGGACAGAUUCAUGAUUCGUGAAAGAAGUAGUCGGGGUAAGAACAUUCCCGCGAAGAGCACGAACGAUUUCAUCUUGGGGCAUGCGUCAUGGUUGAAAGUCGGUAAAUUAAUCGAUGGCUAUCUUGCAGAAAUUGCUCGUGAUCCAAACGUCUGUCUCUCUAAAUUCAUCGAGCUAUUGCAAUCAAUUCCAGACUCAGCAAGACCAAUCCAUGAUGCAUUAUACGAGGCAAUCGAUAUCUAUCUGCGGGUUGCACUCUCAAGCUUGACAAAAGCCGAGAGAAAACACUUAUGCAGCUUCAUGGAUGUCAGGAAAUUAACAAUGGAUGCAUCUAUGCAUGCAGCACAAAAUGAACGGCUGCCUCUCCGGACUGUUGUCCAAGUCCUAUUCUUUGAGCAAAUUAGAGCUGCUGCUGGAGUUCAAGCCUUAAAUCACAGAAAUACUGAUGCUGUAGAUUCCACUAGGAAGACUGAAGAAUAUUGGCAGAAAACAUUGCCAGAAAAGCAGAAUGUAUCGAAACCAUCGAGUGAAAUAAAGGUAAAAGGAGAAGAUCCACAGAAGAACAUGAAGUUGGUAAAGAAGGGUAGUAAAAACAGAAGUAGUGGACCACAGUUGCUUCCUUCAAGAUCAAGGAGAAUAUUUGACCAGCUGUUUGCUGUUGGUAAGGUGUCUGGUAAUGGCGAAAACCGCUCUGAGACAUCUGGUAGUUCUCAGAGUCCAGCUUCAAGGAUUAUUCAAGGAGAAGUUAAGUCCUCUGGUUCAUCUUCAAGAAAUAGGAGGCAUUCAAUUUCAUAAGAAAUUCAUGUAGAUUGUAAGGAUCACAUUUGUGUAAAAAAAGGGUAAGCUUUUAGUUGUACUAAUUAAGGUGUUCAAUCAUCAUAGUAAUAGUUAAGAGCUUUGCUGCAAAACUUGUAAUUCUUGGAUGCAUUCUCCUUUGGUAUCUUUUAGUUAUUGUGCUCUUAGUUUCA